CGCCGUAGCUCGUCCUCCCGGUGCCGGUCGCCAAGCCGAGGGCCGAGGCUGCGCAGCAAGUGCGCCCGCGCCACCGCCACGCGCUCCCCCACGCCGACGCCUCUUCGCCCUUCCUCUCCCCCAGUCCCAACGCCAGGCGCCGACGCCGCGCGUCUCGUCCUCUCUCUCCCAGUCGCCGGAGGCCGGACCGCAGCCUCGCACGCUCCGCACGGCCGCGCCUCGCACGCCCGUUGCCAUCUCCGUUCUGAAGGCGGCUGCGGGAUCCGCCGUUGACACCCCAACGCCGGGUCAGCCCCUUCUUCCUCCUCUGUGCCCCUUCCGUGCUCAAGUUCUUCGGGGAUUUGUCGGGGUCGAAGGCCCCGUCGGGUACGUAAUCCCCGUUCGGGGACGGGGAUGGGAGAAAAUCCUUCCCCGUGAGCGGGGACGGGGAUUGGAACGGGGAGAAUUUGCUCCAGCGGGAGCAGAACGUUCUCCAGAUCCCCGGCGGGGAUGGCCCCGUUGCCAUCCUUGCCCGUCCCCCACUCUCGGCUCGGUCUCUUUCCCGUACGGCCCUACCGCCCUUCCGCCCCCGCGAGGCCGCGACUGCCCGCGCCCCGGCUUUCCUGAGGGCCCCGCCGGCCGCCGCCACCCGUGUCUUCCGCCGGCUGCCGCCUUACGCCGGCCGGCCCGCCCGCGGCCCCUGCUGUCUGCUGGGCGAGCGUGCCUCCCGCCAGCGCCGUGCGCGGCCCCGAGCCCCGACCGUCCGGCGCCCGGCUGCGGCAGCUAGCUGCCCAGUUCGAUUGCCCAAUUGAAUCCGUCACUGAGUUUCAAUUCCUGGGUCCGCCACGAACACGCUGCCACGCUGAGGGGAGGUCAGCCGUCGCCGAGAGUCGAAGCCGCCAUGAAGCUGACCUGCUUGUCCACCAGCGGCGGUGGCGGCAGUAGCUACCACUCGCCGGCAAGCCAUCUCCUGGAGAUGGAGGGGCUCCGCUUCCUCCUCGACUGCCCCAUCGAUCUCUCCGUUCUUGCGGCUUUCUCCCCGGUACCCCACACCAGUGGUGAAGGGGGCCUCAUCCGCGCUGUGCCGCGCUACUGGUCGCCAGCAGCGGCGGCUGCCGCGAAAGCAGGCGGCGUGGACGCCGUAAUCGUGUCCUCCGCGAUGGGGAUGCUGGGACUUCCCUUCCUCACCCGGCUUCCCGGAUUCGCGAACACCAAGAUUUAUGUAACAGAGGUAGCAGCGAGGAUCGGAAAGCUAAUGAUGGGGGAGCUGGUAGAGAUGCACCGCGAAUUCAUAAGGUACUAUGGGCCAGAUAUGGAUGGGUUACCCAAGUGGAUGGAAGGGGAGAAACUCAAUGAACUCCUGCCAGUGUUUCAAAAGACAGUGACUGAAGACGAGGGAAAGGAUUUAAUUUCACUGAUGCCUCUAUACAGUCCAGGAAACAUAGAAGAAUGCAUGCAGACAAUACAGCCUGUUAAAUAUGGGGAGGAGGUUUGCUUGAAUGGCAUAUUUGUGCUGAAAGCCUCUAGUUCAGGCCUGGAACUUGGCAAUUCUGUCUGGACAAUAAAAGGUCCAAGAGCUAGUAUUACCUACUUGCCAAGUUCAGUAUUUGUGUCGGCUCAUGCAUUAGAUUUUGAUUACAGCUCUCUGAAGGAAAACGAUGUGAUUUUGUUUUCGGAUCUCUCAUCCUUGAAUGACAUGGAUGAGGAUAAUGAGAAACUGGAUGAGCAUGCAAUGGAUGAAACAGCGUCUUCGUUAUGUCGCCACUCAGUGUUGAGGGAUGAUGGUGCUGAUGCGGAUGAAAAGAUCCUAUUCCUGUGCAACAGUGAUGACAUCACAGAGGAGAUUGAAAGAAUCAGCUUUAUAUGCUCAUGUAUCAUCAGUGCAAUAAAAUCUGGAGGCUCUGUUCUAAUACCAAUAGGCCGCCUUGGUGUUAUUCUUUUACUCUUGGAGCUUUUAUCGGAAACUCUACAUUCUUCCAGCAUCAAGGUACCCAUAUUUAUGGUUUCUGAAACAGCAGCAGAACUAAUUGCCUUUACCAAUGCCUUGCCUGAAUGGCUAUGCAAGUCACGCCAAGAGAAGCUAUUCUCUGGUGAAGCAUUAUUUGGCCAUGUGGAGCUUUUGAAGGAGGGCAAAUUAUUUCUGUUCCCCCAUUUACACUCGAAGGGCCUGCUGGCAGCAUGGAAGGAGCCUUGUAUUGUGUUUUGUCCACACUGGAGCCUUAGGCUUGGCCCGGCUGUACACUUGCUUCGUCGCUGGCGUGCAGACAAACGGUGCCUUCUUGUUUUGGAGCAAGGGAAUGAUGCUGAGUUGAGUCUUAAGCCUUUCAUGCCCUUGGCAAUUCGAGUCCUUGAGUGUUCUUUCCUUUCUGGAGUAAGGGCAGCAAAAAUUGAUACAUUACUGGGAAUGCUCAAACCGAAGUUUGUAAUGCUUCCAGAAGGUCUUAAGUCACGAUAUUCAGCAAAGGAGAGGCCAUGGUCAUUCUUGUAUUACUCCAAGGGAAAAACCAUCGAGCUCCCAAAUUUUCAGGAAGAUUUCGAGGUGCACUUGGCAACUGAUGUUGCUUUGGGAUUGCAGCCUAGGCAACUGAAUGAGACCACUGCAGUGGCAAGAUUGAGAACAAAGCUGUAUGUAAGCAGUGGACAGUACCAGCUGGCUGCUGCAGAGAAGCAAUCGGAUCAAUCAAAGCGGCACUUGCUACACCGGGACGCUGUUGAUCCAGAUCACUUGUUACUAGCACUACAAGAAAAGGGGAUGGUAUGUUCGUUUGCUGCAGACGAUAAGACUGCAGGUGAACGCUCUGUUCUGAUUACGAGUCCAGGAUAUGCUCUAGUGAAGAUAACAUCUAAUAGGACGGUUAUAUACUGUGAUGAUGAGAGAACAUCCAAGCAUAUUUACGAUGCACUUAGCAGCAUUUGUAAUGGGAUCUGACUUCAUAAUUCAUGUGUAAUUGUUGUUUGUCAUGAGAUUGAGUAUGUGAAUUGCCAUGAAGUGUCA